AUGCGGGGCUGCUGGCAGCUGUGGGCGCUGCCCUGGGCGGCGCUGGCCCUGCAGGGACCCUCCUGGACGGGCGCCGGGACCCCCGAGGGCACCGGGUCGGCGCGCCGGGACUUCGAGGACGACGUCCUUGACCUGCUGGAGGCGCUCAACAUCAGCCGCUCGGUGCCAGGCGUCAGCAAGACCCAGGGUCCCGAUCCGGGCACCCCAGCCUGGAAGUUCCGCCGGCGGGUGCCCAUCCUGACUCUGCCCUGGGACUACUCCGUCUACCUACUGUCCACGGUGCAAGCCGCCCUCGGCUUCCAUUUCGUGACCCGCCAGAACCCCGGAUCGGAGGGGACCCUCAUCUCCCUGGUCUCCCCAGCAGCCUCCAAGCGGGAUGGGCACCCCCUCCUGCAGCUGGCAUCCAGCACCCAGGAGGACCAACUCCGGCUGGCGUACCGGGCAGUGCACAACAUGGAGCCGGCCUCGCUGGUCUUCCCCGGAAGCACCCCCUUUGCCCACGGCCGCUGGGCGCAGCUGGCCCUGAACCUGGAGCCACGGCGCAUCUCCCUCUACGUGGACUGCCAAGAGCCCUUCAUUUUUGAGAACCACCGUGGGGAGGACCUGCUCAGCCUCCUGCUGCCCCUCGACCUGCAGAUCACCUUUGCCAGUUUGGCCGGAGACGAAUCCAGCAAGUUCCUGGGCUCCUGGCAGACAGCGGAGAUCUCCCCCCAUGGCUUCCCCCACCGCCCCUGGCACUGUGAGAACCUGCCGGAGCUGGACCUGUUCUCUCUGCCCUACGGUCUGUCUGAGAACCAGUAUCUUGAUCACCCAGAGGAAUCUUCUCUGGAUCUGGAUUCCUUGCCACCCUUUGAGCCGUCGGCCCUGGCAGAAACUCACCACUACCAACAAGAGCCCAGCCAAGCAGAAUUGCCACCCCUGGGAUCCGCGAGGUCUGGUGUGGCCAGCCUGGAAGACCGGAUCCAGAGGCUGGAGGAGCAGGUGGAGGGACUGGGAACCAUGCUGGAUAUGGUGAAGGAGCAGAAUUCCGACCUGCGGAGCCGCCUGAAGUCUCUUGAACGAUGCGAGUGCCGGCGGGUGACCUGCUUUGCAGAUGGGCAGCACUACGAAGAGGGGGCUUCCUGGGACCGAGACCCCUGCACCUCCUGCGUGUGUGUGCAGGGCAAGGUCGAGUGCCAACUGCAGCCCAACCAGAUGCACUGCCAGGGUUGUGUGAACGGAACCGCCAGACACGAACACGGGGAAGAGUGGACGCCCCCCACGGACCCCUGCCUGAGAUGCAAAUGUCGGGAGGGCAAUGCCAUCUGCCAACGGAGGCAGUGUGCCAGUCUGUGCCGCCACCCUGCCCACCCUCGCCCGGGCACCUGCUGCCCCGUCUGUGACGGCUGCCUCUGGGAAGGACGCGAGUACCGCAGUGGCGACGCCGUGCAGCCCCAAGACCCCUGCAAACACUGCAGAUGUGGGGCUGGCGAGGUCUCCUGCAGUCAGGUGAGCUGCCCACCUGCCCUCUGCAGCCAUCCUGGCAAGCGCCCAGAGCAGUGUUGCCCCACCUGCGACGUCUGUGAAUUUGAAGGACGGUUGUACCAGGACAGAGAGACAUUCUCGCCUGCCGAGGGAGGCCCCUGCCUGCAGUGCCAGUGCUCGGACGGGCACGUCCGGUGUCAGGAGGAACCCUGCCCCCCAACGCCAUGCUCCCGGCCCCUCCAGGACCCCAAACGCUGCUGCCCGGUGUGCCCAGUGUGUGUUUUCGAGGGCCUGGAGUUUGAAGAUGGCACCGAGUGGGUGCCGGCGGGUGAUCCGUGCAGAGCCUGCACCUGCCACCAGGGGGAGACGGUGUGCCGUGCUCUCCAGUGCCCCCCUGUCGCCUGCCAGCAUCCAGCCCGGCUUCUCGGUUCCUGCUGCCCCGAGUGCCACCAGUGUCUCUACAACCAGCGCCUCUACAGCCACGGCCAAGAAUUUGCCGAUCUGGACAAUCCCUGCCAGAGUUGCCAGUGCAAGGUCUACUCCUUACUAUAUCGUAAACCAUCUCGGGACUGCUGCCUUCAGGAGAACCAGGUGGUGCCAGACGGGGAGGAAGCCCCCAACCCGCUGGAUCCGUGCCAGGCCUGCGUCUGCUCCGGGGGGGAGCUGGUCUGCGCCCCACGGAAGUGCCCGGCUCCCCUCUGCGCCCACCCCUUGCCGGGCUCCUGCUGCCAAAACAACUGCAAUGGCUGCAGCUACACCGGAAAGGAGUACCCCAACGGGGCGGAGUUCCCCCACCCCACCGACCGCUGCCGGCAGUGUCACUGCAUUAACGGCCACGUGCAGUGCCUCUCCCGCCGGUGCCCACCCCUGCUCUGCCCCGAGCCCACCGUGAGACCCCAGGAGUGCUGCCCCCAAUGUCCAGCCCCUCCAGCUGGCUGCCUGUACCUGGGAGUCUCCUACCAACACCUGGAGCGGUUCUACGACCCGUCGGAGAAGUGCCGCAACUGCGUUUGCGCCAACGGCACCAUCACCUGCCAGCGCCAGCCCUGCGCCCCGGUCCUGUGCUCCCACCCGCUGCAGCAGGGGUGUUGCCGCUCCUGCGAUG